AUGAGUACUGAAUAUUGGAGAAAAGAUGGCGAUUAUUCGUCUUCAUACUCUCAUAUCAAGCAAGAACCACAAGAAUAUCCUCAAGAAUCCUCAGCGUUAGCUUCAGAAUUAGCUAGCAAUUUUUUGUCAAAGAUGGAAUCCACUUAUAUUAAACAAGAACAUGAAAAGAUGGAAUCCCCUUAUAUUAAACAAGAACACGAAACAACUCCUGAUAAGGAACGUAGCCGUGAUAAAAAUCGUCGUGAUAGAGAACGUGAAGAAAAAGAUGAAAGAGAACGUUAUGAAGGCAUGACUGCUGAACAAGUUAAAGCUACUGGUCAUUUUCCACUUCCUGGUCAGCCUGCUACCACUAGACCUACCGCUAUUCCUACUUCACCAAUUAUACCUGGUAUGGAUCCUUCUAGAGCUGCUGCUAUGCUGAUGGGAAUGACUCAUGAACUCCCCCCUCGACCGAAAGUAAGUCAGGGUGCUGCUGGUCCUGUCGCACAGACUGCAUCUCUUGCAAGGCAAGCUAGACGUCUUUAUGUUGGAAAUAUUCCUUAUGGUAUUGAUGAGAAUGGUCUAUCAGAGUUCUUUAAUUCAACAAUGGUACAAUUGAAUAUCACUACUGCACCAGGUCAACCAGUUAUAGCUGUUCAAAUUAACCAUGACAAAAAUUAUGCAUUUGUAGAAUUUCGUGCCCCCGAAGAGGCCACCGCAGCAAUGGCUUUUGAUGGAAUUACAUUUCAAGGUCAGUCUUUAAAGAUUCGACGUCCAAAAGAUUAUCAACCACCUCCUGGACAAAAUCUCGAACCUCCUCCAAUUCAUGUUCCUGGUGUCGUUUCAACUAAUGUACCUGAUAGUCCAAAUAAAAUAUUCAUUGGUGGUCUGCCUACAUAUUUGAAUGAUGAACAAGUUAUGGAACUGUUGAAAUCUUUUGGUGAACUCAGAGCUUUUAAUUUAGUCAAAGAUAGUUUAACAGGUGUAUCCAAGGGAUUUGCAUUUUGUGAAUACGUUGAUCCAAGUGUAACUGAUUUGGCUUGUCAAGGAUUAAAUAAUAUGGAAUUGGGUGAUCGUAAGCUUGUCGUUCAGCGUGCGAGUGUUGGUUCUGCAAAAAAUACAGGUGUAGCAAGUGUCCUACCCUCUUCUGUGCUUAUUCCUUCUGGUAAUGGUGAAAUGAUUCCCACAACUGUUCUUCAACUACUUAAUAUGGUCACACCUGAAGAAUUAGUAGACGAUGAUGAAUAUGAAGACAUUGUUGAUGAUGUUCGUGAAGAAUGCUCUAAAUUCGGUCGUGUUAUUGAUAUGAAGAUUCCCAGACCUGGUAGUGGAUCAUUAUCGGGGAUCGGCAAGAUUUUCGUACGUUUUGAGUCUAUAGAGGCGGCAGGUGCAGCGCUUCGAGCGCUUGCUGGUCGAAAAUUUGCAGAACGCACUGUUUUGACAUCAUAUAUAGAUGAGGAUAUGUAUUAUGCAGAAGACUUUUAA